AUGUGUGCAGCAUUCAUGAAAUUUGCCUCAAAAUGGAAUCCAUUACCAGAAACUUUAUUGUCAUGGACAAAAGAUAAUUGUGAUAAAAUUCAACCUAGACCAAAAGACAUGACUUGUUUAGAAAUUGAAAAAUUUGUUGCUGAUUGUAAUUUUGGUGCAAAUCUUGAAUCUAGUAAUGGUGAUAGUGUUCUUCCAACUUCUAAUAAAGAUCUUAGAGAAGAAUAUUAUCAGAGAGUUUAUGGUGCCAAUCGUCCUAAUAUUUUAAAUAGAUACAUGUAUCAAGAUUUAACAACAGUUCGUGAUUAUGGUCAAUAUGGAAAUUGGUAUUAUCCCAAUUACUAUCCAAAUACUUAUCUUUCUGGUUUUGAUGGUGGUCUAAGUUCUGCAAGAAGACUACAAAAUGAAAUUGCCUGGACACGUGGAGCCCACCACCCAUAUAGCAGAGCAGAUAACAUUGUUAAUAUUUACCUUCAACAAACACCUCUCCCAACAAUCCUUCAUGAUUUACCAUUUGCUGUCAGAGCGGCAUACAUGACUCCAAGGGUUCCAGAACCAGAUACAACACCUGCAGUAACAACAACCGUAGAUCCAUUUUCUGGUAUAGAUACAAUUGAUGAAGAUGAAUUUAAAAAACCAAUAUCAAAGAUUCGCCGUCAAAAAAGAGAAUUAAAAUAUCUAUUGAGAUAUUUUUCAUAA